ACGCCGAGACAGGCCGUACAUCGUUGACCCAAGUACAUUGGUACUUCGGUACACGGGCGCCCACUCUGAGCCGAUCGCCACGGGUGGAUACUCGCCCAGUACCGGUACCUGAGGUCGCCCACUCUCACACUUGUGACUUGCACCGGCACCCGCACCUGCACUUACUGUAUUGCUCCUGCCCCGGCCCCUGCUCACUCGAUCGAGCCCUGCUCGAGCUUGCCUCUUGCAGGAGGGCCGAAGUUGGAAACUAUACCCCAUCACUCUCCUAAGCAUACCCUACCCUCCCUGCCUCGACCUCACUUGCCCUCACCCGUACCCAUACCUACCUCAUCACACGCGGAGACACACACCGUACCCAUCACCAUCACCAUCACCAUCACCACAUCCAGCUCCACCUCCACCUCCACCUCCUCCCUGCCCCAUCUCAACCACCAGCACCUGACCGCGCACCUCAUCCCAUCUCGACACCCGUCUUUCCUUUUGCCAGGCGUGGCUGGCUGUAGGCGGCCUAGUGCCAGUUCCAGUUCCAGUUUCUGUUUCCUGCUCUGCGUCGUUUGGGCGGCGCCUGGGGCCUCAGUCGUCUUAAGACACGCGCGACUUGUUGGGCCGCGGCCUGGAGGGGGAGGUAUCUGCAUGACUGAAGCUACUCGCCCGGUGUCCGUGUCCAUGUCCAUCCAUCCAUGUGCCUGAUCUAGCUGGAAGGCUCUUACGCAGCAGGUCAGGUAUCCAGGCGUCUCCGCCUCCAACAUCCGGAAACAUCUCGCCAGGACUGUUCCCUUGGUGUGCCAUUAAGACUCGGCCCAACCACACUACUUGAAGCCGGCCUCUCCCUGCCAGAAAAUAUUCUGUCAACCCUUCUAGGGCCACACCAAAUCUUGCUCCCUCAUCUCCCACUGACGCGACCACAACCCCCCCAGGCCGCACAAAGAUUAGACGCGGGCAGACAAGGACGCUGUGGCGCAUCAACCAGGGCGGAUCGGGCUCCAGGGCCAUCCGAACUUGUGAACUUGCGACUCUCCUGUGAGACCCUGGUGCGGCUUUCCCACCCAGGAGAUCUUCUCAAGUCAGAGCUUGUCAUGCGAGGAGAUCGAUGCGUGGGCCUCCAGGAUCCUCCCAGUACAAGACCGCCAGCCGUUUGACAAGUCAUCCCCAGCAUUUACGCAAUUUGCUGCCCGUGUUUUCCUGCAAGCUUGCGGCUCUCCCGCGCCUUUCGCGACAUCGUCGUCCCACUUGAACGAGGCAUGGUCUUUGCUCCCUCCCCCCCUAGCGCAUCCCGACCUCACUGCCUGACCGCGUACUAAACUUCGGGUCGACCCCUCCUACUUGCUGGCCGGGUCUCCAUCGAGUCUUUCCCGCCUCUACGACACGAAAGCACACCUGUCAUCUGUUGCACCACGGCAACAGAAUCGGACAGCACGUAUCGUGUCCCAAAAUCUGCGUGUCCCGCAGAACACACCGAAGCCCUGUGCGACAGAGGCUCAGCAGGCAGCCCCCCUCCACCGCAUUGCGAGAGGAGAGAAAGAGAGAAAAAGGACGUUCCUGGGAGAGACGACGACUGUUAGCCCUGUCCUGUACUCGGCGCGCUUGAUCAGGGUCCUCCCUCGUCUGAAAGACCCGCGAAACUCAACCUCCACCGCCCCUCACCGCGGUGCUCUGACUGCAGGCAAACACGUCUCGCAAAACCCCUCACCGUUGCCAGAUUCCCGAAGCGACGGUCGCGUGACCGGAUCGCGUUCCAAACUGGCCCUGCUGUACUCGUCAGCUCCGUUGCCGGCGCAGCAUCGGGAGGGCUCGCCAAUCAAGGCAUCAAGUACCGACGCGCUCCAUCGGGGCAUGGACGACAACAACCGCCGCAGGAGGCAGAAUGAACCGCCCCUCCAACACACAAACACGAGGUACCACCAGACUGUACAAAACCCGACGCAGCAGGCACACCGCACCAUGGCCGGCACCACGACGGAGAGGUACCGACCGGCCCCUCUAAACACGUCUCCCCAGGGCGGCGGUGCCAGGGCGGGCAUCGGCGGAGGGUCAACCGGAUAUGGCGCCUACUACCAAGAGCCCUCGGCGACGGGAUUCUCGACUGCCGCUGGUAUACACCAGAACACAAUGGGCUACCAGCAGUCGGCUGGGAGCUACGGCCAGGACGGCCGGCAAACGCAAAACUUUGCCGGCUCGUAUAACCCCACGAUGAUGUACAAUGUACCCCAGGCUACAACGCAGAAUCCCGUCUAUGAUACGCCGGGAAGCUCGUUUGACCUGCGGCAACCCGCAGCUCCUCAGAUGAUGCCGGCGGAUACCACAAUGACAGCCCAGUACUUCUCGAACGAGCCAACCAACGCGGCGGCCGCCUCGGCUAUGCAACAGCAGCAACCCUCGAGCGCACAGGCGGCGGCGGUCUACCAGCAGGGCCCUUCUGAUAGAAAUACCAUGAUGAACUACCCCAGCAAUAUCGCCGGCAUGCAGACCAUGGGGGCUCAGGCGACUCCAACUGCGCCGCCUGACGUGAGCAUGGAAGACUCGUCGGAAUACCCAGGGGGAGCCGACCUCAACCAGGCGUAUACCCAGUAUCAGGACGCUCUCAAGGAGAUUUUCAAGAACAUCAGGGAUGGGGCGCUGGUGACAGCCAGUGAAUCACUACUGAGUGUUUCCGAGUGGCUGCUUUCCCACGUCCACGAGCUCGGUCUCACGUCUGACGAUCAAAACCUGCACAGUGACAGGAUCAAGCUGUGGAACGACUUCAACCACGCCUGGCUGGCUACUUUUCAGGCACAGAAGGAACUCAUGGAAUCGGGCCGCUCGCUCGGGAGGGGACAGACUCUGAUCACAUUGGAAGGGCUCAAGAAGCUGGGCGAUGAACUUAUCCGGCUUUGCGAUAGCAUUGAAAGGCACGGUCUUGUUGACUACCAAUAUGGAGUCUGGGAGGAACAGAUCACAGAGAUCAUGCUCGAGUGUCACGAUCUCUACUCGCCCGACGAUGCGGCUGGGGCGCCGGCCGCGGCCGGGUCCAGUCGAUAAACCUGCAAACGUACAUAUACCACUCCAUGUCUAGCGCCAAUACACGGAGUUGCGCUGCCACAUAUCAUGGGCUUCCCAACAUUGGUUGUUAUUCGCGCGUCUUGGUUUUCUUUAAUUCUCAGUGACUGGUCGACUGAGAACUCGUCCUCUGGGACUGGGCGGACGCAUGGGGUGGGCUCUACUCGUUCUGAUAUUUGUGGGACCAGGACUUGUUUUCGGCGAAGGGUUCGGACUGGGGCGAGGUGGGCGGCCAAAGGUUGGAAAUGGUUUCCCUAUUUAGAAGGCGUCCGGCAGCUGGCAUGGUCAACAGGACUUGUUCGGGGUGUGGAACAAUGGGUACGACAGAGAACAACACUCCGACGACAAAACGCGAAAAACCAGAAAAGCGACAAAACAGGCCUCAAACAGAAAUCGCGCAUAGAUUGUCGAGGGCCCCCACGGGCGGUAACAUCACGGUUGCCAAGUGUACGAAUACUGUCUCUUCUCUUUUCACUGCCUUGUCUCAUGCUACUGGAAAACAAAAAUUGAUGGGGGGUUGGGCGGGAAAUCGUGGCCAGGGCGACCACGUAGAUGGAUGGACCAAGGCGAGAGCUGUGGGACCGGCAUGAUAUUCUUUUUUUGCUUUUUUUUUUUUACGUCUGUUGUUCUGGUCUUUUGGUGCGACUUGUUUUGGGGGACACCCUGCCUCCAGAAAAGGAGGCAAGCUGGGGGACGGGGGGCAUUCUGUGACGUUGUUCCUGUACAUAGAUUUGUACUUUGUACUUCUGUUUGUCCCUGGCCUACCCCUCGUGUAUCUGUGAUGCCGGGGGAAGUGGAGGAGCUGCCAGGCUGCAAUGGUCAUGGGACAUGGUCAGGCGGGUGGAGGGGAGGUCACAGCCAAGGGCGCGCUGUCGAGCAUGCUGUAAGGAGCGCGGAUGGGGGUCGACUGCAAAAUUACAAAUUGUACUAUGAUCGCCUCUACCAGAACCUGGAUGAUUACGAGCGCAGACGCGAAAUUGGGGGGCCCCCACACCCCAUAUCUCUCCCAGCCUAGCAGGGAGCCAAAGGAGCCAGCCUAUCGUGGUGAUAGA